AUACUUUUUAUGCGUCGUUUUUUUAGAAAUGGCUUUGAUCGCUUUCAUAUUAUAAUAAUUCUAUAAUUAUUCAGUGAAAUGAACUAAAUUUAUUAUUAUAUAUUAUUAUAUUGACAGUUGAUCUUUUUUCUAUUUUUAUUCAACAAAUUUCAAACAUAACCUAUAAUUUUUUGCUCUUAAGAUAUUCAAAUCUUCGAACAAACAAUUUCUUAUAUUAAGAAUAAUGUCUUCUGGAGUCGGAGAUGAUUUUUGGGACAACGAUUGUCAUCAUGAUUAUAAUGACUAUGAUGAGCGCUAUGAAGUCGGAAAAUAUGAUUUCCAUCAUUCAGAUGUGUUUGAUUUACAUGUACAGAAAAGUGAUUUGAACGCAAAAAAUUUUCAAGCAAAAAGUCCCCUUUUUCUUGCCACAAGGACGAAUCAAAAACAAUUAGUAGAGAAACUUUUGACGAAUGGUGCAAAUGUCAAUAUUCAAAAUGAAGCAGGAGAAACGCCACUUUCCAUUGCAACGUCUAGAGAUAAUAUUGAACUUGUGGAAAUUCUUUUAAAAAAUGGUGCUGCACUAUCUGAAGCAAAUAAACAAGAUGAUCUUCAAUUAAUGUUUAAACCACUUUUUUAUGCUGUUGAUAAUAGAAAUUUCAAAAUGGUCAAAUUACUAAUGCUCAAUGGAUUUAACGCAAUUGAUGUUCAAUAUGGAGACAAUACUCUCUUAUCUCAUGCCAUAAAACAAAAUAAUUUUGAAAUGGUGAAAUAUUUAUUGGAACACGGCUCAAUAAUUAUGCCAGAAACCGAAGAAUUUUAUAUAUUUGAUGAAAAAUGCUUUAUAUUCUAUCAAGGUUUACAUUCUCAAAUACUACUUCAACUUUCAAUUCAUAACGGAUGUCUGGAGACAUGGAAAUACUUAUUAAAGAACAGUUCAAAAAUUGAUGCUUCCACAAAUUCUAAGCUUCAUUUAGCAGUGCGAGAGGGUCAAGUGGAAACUGUUCAAGAGAUCAUAAAACAAGAAGCUUUGAAUUUUGAUGCAGAGUCUAUUGCUAACAAAUUAGCUGUUUACAUUGCAGUGGAAAACGGAAAUGAAGAAAUUUUGAAAAUCCUUCUAAAUGCCGGUUAUUCUUUUCAAAUUUUCAAAAAUAGAAGUCCUCUUCACGUUGCUGCAACUUUCGAUCACACGCGACUAGUCGAGAUGCUAUUAAACGCCGGUGCUGAUUUAAAUUCCAAGACCGAUGAUGAAGAGACUUUGUUGCAUUUCGCAGCGGCUGCUGGACAACCAACGGUGGUUAAAUUUCUUCUUAAAUCCGGUAUUGAUAUUAAGGCUGCUACUAAAUCUAAACGGAAAUCAGCAUUAGAAUACGCACUACAAAGAGGUCCUGAGAAUGAAGAAUAUUGGACUCUUACCACUUUUGAGUAUCAAUCCACCUUGAACAUUGUAAAAAUGUUAAUUCCCGAGAUUGAAGAUCAUAAAAUCGACGAUUUGAAGAAAUAUUUAUUAUAUGUAAGUAAAAUUAGAGUUUCUGAAGAAAAGUCUACGUCUAGUUCAAAGGUACAUGAAGAAACGUUGAAUUGCGAUCAAAUAGAUCAAAUAUUUGGGGAGAAUGCAAAGAAUCAAUUUAGAAAUGAAAUUCUUUGGUUCUGUCUUAAUUACAUGAAUGAUAGUGAAAUUAAAUUAGUUUCAGAAGCAAUAUUAAUGAAGCCUAGUCUUCCCUCUGAUUUCAUUCACACUAUUUUUGAAUACAAUGAUUAUGAGUUGGGCAUGAAUGACAUUAAACGCUUGAUAGAAAGAGAUUAUAAAUGUUAUUUACUUCUACUAUGUCACACAAGUGGGUUUCCCGAAAGGUCGAUUCACAGAUGUGAAUACUUUCUAUUUGCUAAUGGUAUAUUUAAAAAUGAUCGUUUAAAAUUGUUCAUUGCACGUUUAGUUGUACUAGCCAAUAAUUCUUAUUCAGAAGAUGAAGUCAAAUUUUUCAAGAAUUUAAAUGUUAUUGAAUGGCGCAGCGAAUGUGAGCAGCAAAUAGAAAACAUGCGAAGAACAGAAGUGGUCAGUGACUGUAAGAUAACUUUCUAUGAUGUUUUAACAAAACCAGUGAAUAAACUUGCGAUUUACGUGAAAGACGAGCAUUUCCUGCAAAAGCUAGAAUCAUCCUACAAGCGAUUUCCAGCUUAUGCUGAAUUUUUAAAGUUAAAUGUCGAGAUAGGUAAACGUAGAAGAGACUUAAUUGACGAUUGCACGAAUUUGAUGUUUAAUCUGAUUGAGAGAAAUUAUAAAAUUCAGUUUACAACUGUUGAUAUCCUUAAUAUUUUUGAAUAUCUUUUAGCAGCUGAUCUGCAUCGUUUAUUAGCAAUCUUCAAGAAACAAUUUCAUCUAUAUAUAAAGAAUAUGUAUUCUGAUGAAGAGGAUUUUCAGGACAACGAUUAUGUUGAUAAUGAUGAUAGUGACUAUGAAGACUAUGAACUGUAUGAAGUCGGCAAAUAUGAUUUUCCCGCGAUGAACACUUCACUGUACAAAGCUGUCUAUUCUGGCGAUUUCGACCUGGUUCUAUCUUUGAUUGACAACAUUUCCGAAGAGGAGAGAAACAAAAUACCAUCAUUAAUGCACACAGCGGUAGCAAGAGGACACGCGAAAAUUGUUACCCUACUUGUCGAGCGCAAUUUUUCUUUCAACGAAGGAGAUGAAGAGGGGAACACUCCUUUGCAUCUAGCGAUAAGUUACAAUCAUCCUGAAGUGUUUGAUGUACUUGUGCAGAAAAGUGAUUUGAAUGCAAAAAAUUUUAAAGGCGAAAGUCCUCUUCAUCUUGCAGUAGAUGAUGAUCUCAUCCGAUUUGCAGAAAUUCUCUUAGCAAAUGGUGCAAAUGUCAAUAUUCAAGAUGAAAAUAAAAAAACGCCACUUUGCAUUGCCACGGACAGAAAUAAUAUUGAACUUGUCGAAAUUCUUCUAAAAAAUGGUGCUGGACUAUCUGAAGCAAAUAAACAAGAUGAAAAUCUUGAAUUAAUGUUUCAACCUCUUUUUAAUGCUGCUCUAAAUAACAAUUUAAAAAUGUUGAAGUUACUAAUGCAAAACGGAUUUAUCGCAAUUGAUGUUCCAUAUGAUGUCGAAAUUUCCUUAUCUUAUGCUUCACUUCUCAACGGAUGUCUGGAGACAUGGAAAUACUUAUUAAAGAACAGCUCAAAAAUUGAUGCUUUCACAAAUUCGAAGCUUCAUUUAGCAGUGCGAGAGGGUCAAGUGGAAGCUGUUAAAGAGAUCAUAAAACAAGAAGCUUUGAAUUUCGAUGCAGAGUCUAUUGCUAACAGAUUAGCCGUUUACGUUGCAGUGGAAAACGAAAAUGAAGAAAUUUUGAAAAUCCUUCUGAAUGCCGGUUAUUCUUUUGAAAUUUUCAAAAAUAAAAGUCCUCUACACGUUGCUGCAACUUUCGAUCACACACGAUUAGUCGAAAUGCUAUUAAACGCCGGUGGUAAUUUAAAUUUAAAGACCGAUGACGGUGAGACUUUGUUACAUUUCGCAGCAGCUGCUGGACAACCAACGGUUGUUAAAUUUCUUCUUAAAUCCGGUAUUGAUGUCAAUCCUGCUACUAAUUCUAAAUGUAAAUCAGCAUUACAAUAUGCACUACGAAGAGGUCCUGUGAAUGAAGAAUAUUGGACUCUUACUCCUCAUGAGUAUCAAACCACAUCGAACAUUGUGAAAAUGUUAAUUCCCGAGAUUAAAGAUAAUAAAAGCGACGAUUUCAUGAAAUGUUUAAUAUAUGUAAGUAAAAUUAGAAUUUCUGAAGAAAAGUCUACAUCUAGUUCAAAGGUGAAUGAAGAAACGUUGAAUUGCGAUCAAAUAAAUCAAAUAUUUAGGGAGAAUGCAAAGAAUCAAAAAUUCAUCAAUGAAAUUCUUUUGUGCUGUCUUAAUUACAUAAAUGAUACUGAAAUUAAAUUAGUUUCAGGAACAAUAUUGAUGAUGCUUAGUCUUCCCUCUGAUUUUAUUCACACUAUUUUUGAAUACAAUGAUUAUAAGUUGGCCUUAAAUGGCAUUUUAUACUUGAAUAGAAUAGAUUAUAGAAGUUAUUUAAUUGUACUGUGUCACUUAAGUAGGUAUUCCGACGCGACGAAUUCUAAAAUUAAAAACUUACUUUGUAAUGAUACAUUUAAAAACGAUUCUUUUGAUCGUUUACAAUUGUUCGCUGCACGUUUAGUUUUAAUAUCUGAUACUUUUUAUUCAAAUGAGGCAUACCAUUUUUUUAUGUAUUUUCAACUAUUGGAUUGGCGUAACGAAUGUGAGCAACAAAUAAAAGAGAUGAAGAAAGCAGAAGUUGUCAGUGACUGCAAGAUAACUUUCUACGACGUUUUAACAAAACCAGUAAAUAAACUUGCGAUUUACGUAAAAGACGAGCAUUUCCUGCAAAUUCUAGAAUCAUCCUACAAGCGAUUUUUUGCUUAUGCUGAAUUUUUAAAGUUAAAUGUCGAGAAAGGUGAACGACAAAGAGACUUAAUUGAUGAUUGCAUGAAUUUUAUGCUUAAUCUGAUUCAGAGAAAUUAUAAAAUUCGCUUUACAACAACAGACAUCCUUAAGAUUUUUGAAUAUCUUUCAGUAGCUGAUCUACAUCGCUUAUUAGCAGCAUUUUCAUAAUUAUGUCGUAACUGUUGAAUAGACAUGUUUUCUAUGUUCUUACGUACGUUCUUCCACUUUAGGGCAGAUUAAGUUUUAAAUACUUAAUGUUACUUAAUUUUUUCAUUUUCACUAAUUUUAAUCUUAUACUGUGUAAAUGUUAUGUAAUGUUAACAAAUGCAUUUAACAAUCGAUAACUCAUUUUUUUGUUUAUUUUUCAAAUGAUUUUUCUAAAAUCAUUUAAUUUAAUAAAACAAACAUUGUCCAUUUUAGUUGUAAGAUAAAUAUCUUCUUCGAUUUAAAAUAAAAAAAAAAUUGUCCAUUUACUUUAAAAGUAAUUCUACGAAAAUUGUUUCUCAUUCUCUAUUU